UGUGACGGACAUCACUCGACUGCCGCCCCAACCGCGUGCCGCUUAUGAUGUAACUUCGCCCGAAUUUAGCUCUGCAUCAUCGCAAAUCCUCAUCACAAGAGACGAUAACCGUUGAACUCCUCGCAUGUGCUGUCUACAGAUGACUACAGACGGAAGCACGCGCUCAAGGCAGCAAAGGGCCUAGCCAGCACUCCGAUCAACACGCGCACCCAAGCUCGCGUCGCGUCGCAACGUUCCGGCACGAAAGAAGAUUUACGCGUUGUCGCCACGGCUGACCACAUCCAAUAAACAGGAUGGAAAUAGUGCCCGAAGGCAAGAAUUUCCGAUUAGCACAGGACGACGAACUGCCGGCAAUACUGGACUUCCUUUCAGAGUACUUGCCCGACGCUCUCAAGUUCCAUCAAACAUUAAAGACGUUCCUGAAUGAACGUGUGUGGGAUUUCUUCUUUUACGUUACCAAAUCGUGGCCAGAGGAACCAGUCUGCCUGCACUUUCCUGGCAUGACCAAGUCGUAUAAGGAUGACCAGCAUCGUUAG